CAAUAUGGGCCGCGUCGGUGUCAUUACCAACCGCGAGCGCCACGAUGGAGGAUUCAACAUUGUGCACCUGAAGGAUGCCAUUGACAACACGUUCGCCACCCGUGAGGCCAACGUUUUCGUCAUUGGACACGAGAAGCCGUGGGUAUCGCUGCCCAAGGGCAAGGGCGUCAAGCUCACCAUCUCUGAGGAGCGUGACCGCAAGCGCGCCACGACGCUGGCUGCUCACUAAAUGGGGGUAAUUGGGGAAAGGGCAGGGGCAUUGGUUUGCUGACCUUAAAGCAUGCUGGACGGAGUACCGGAUGUCACUUUAGUUUGAGCUCGGCUGUCCAGGGCGUCCUGCGACGUGGUAUACGGAGACCUGAUCGGCUUUGAUACCGGGUAGAUUGCGCUAUCGGACCGUGGGACAACAUAACUUUUUUCUUCACAAAUCUUGACUCCCUGUUCUUUCUGCUGCAGCCACAUAUUGAAACCGUGCAGCGUGCGCCGAUUCCGCAUGUCCGUAUGGACUUACUUGCAAUUGUGAUGUUCAGGCGGUGAACGUGUUACACGGCUAGCCAUGCA